AUGCCAACCCACGCUCUUACCGCAGAAAAUCCAAGCAGUUUAAGCCAAAGAAGCACGCCAGUCGAGCUUGAAGCCACCACUGGCGCAAACGAUCCUCCCAUCGACCAGACAAGUGUCUCCACUCCUUCUUCUCAUGAUGACCAGGAGCCUGCCAAUCCCAAGUGGAACGUCCAAGCGGCAGUGUUCAAGCCGUCCUCAUCCCCCACGUGCGAUACUCACGCUGAACCUCACCAUAGUGAUGUUUCAGAAUACCGCAUUUUCCCUCAUACAUUGGAAGGAUCGAACAAUAUUGAUACCACAAUAUACGAAAACAGAGCUGAGAAGCAGUUGAGAGCGAUUUACGGUCAUUCCGCAGCUUAUAAUCCUGAUCAACCAUCUUACAGGGGUGACACACUUGAGGCUUCUCGUCAAGGUAUGAUCUGGACCGGUGUCUGUACCAACGAUGUCGGGGGUGAUGAACGAAUUACCAAAAACUCAUCCCAUCAUGCAUCUCCUUCAGGAUACAACAAUUCACCAGAUGACAAUCAACUCUUCUCGUCCCAUGCUUCAAGCUUCCAAGCUCUAGCAGGACUCGCGGGACCUAGGGGAGUCGGACUAUCUUAUGCACCUGUCAGGCAUCGACAAAGUUUUCGACAAAAACACCAAUCCAAUCUUCAUCCUGAGACUUUGCAUAAGGAACAAGAAGAAGUAUCUUCUUUUCCUGGUAAAGUAGAUGAUAGCUUCCCUUCUUUAUCUGGCCCAACUACGAAAACCAAUACUAGUCCUUCGCCUCUCCCUGUUUUUAGUAGUGGAGGUAAUACGAAGUCAUGGGCGAACAUUGCAGCUUCUCCCGGGCGUAGCACCAAGGCUCCUUCUAAAUUCGAAGAAGAAGAAAAGACGGAUCAUCACAAGGUACCUUCUGCCACAUCUGUGCCGCGAUAUACCGGUGAGUCAUGGGCGAAGGUAGCUGCUGGAACUCAAGAGAGAAAAUGA